AUGGACCGGAAGUUCAGAAACCUGAAGCGGACGUUCUUUAGCAUCCGUAAUAAGCAUCUAGACAGCGGGAGACAGUACCAAAUCCAGUGGCAGUUCUACAACCAAAUGUCUGGGAUCUUCAAGAACGAGUCUCCGCCUGGCACCCAGGUGGUCUUGAGCUUCGAUGAUACCUACCACUCAAACCGAAUGGCCUCUUUACUUCUCGAUAACUACGACAAAGCAGAUUCGAAGCCGAAUUCUGUGGACGACGCCAGGCAGCAGCCAAAGGUGAAAAGGAACAUCAAUUUGCGUGGGGAACCACCGGAAGUCGAUCGCAUUGAGGUGUACAAUGCCUCUGAGUUUAAGAACAGCAUCGUAGAUACCAGAGAUGAGCUGUUCAUUGGCACCACCGGGAAGACGUUGAAGCAUUUGAGGGCCAUCCAGGAGUACGCCAUGAUCCAGGAAAAUUUUCGGGCCAUUAUCAUUUCAUUAAACACAAUUUUGAGUGAUUUUCACACAGAGCCCAGAGCCCAGAGCCUGGGUGCCGAAAGUUUUCCCUUCCGGGGACGGCGCACAGUGGGCCCCGGCAGAGUGGAGAGCGAGCGAAAUGCGGUCCCCGUUGGGCACUACGGGGAUUUGCACGGGAAUCCCCUUUAA